UGUAGAUGACGCCCCGCCCCCCGCCCUAUGGGCGGGGACUGUUACGCAGCUUCCUUAGGUUUGGUACACGCAACGUGCGUCAACACGAUUCGGAGAGGCGUGUUUAAGGAACGGGGCGGCCUCAUGAAUUAUUCAUGAUGCCCCCCACCCCGACCUUUGCCUAUCUACUUAAAAGGGUUUCCGAGGAAGCGGAGGGAUGAACCUAAAAGUACAGGAAUGGAAGGAGCGGGGCGUGCGACCGUCUUCCUACGAACUGUUCUCAAUAGAAUACGAUAGGUCAUUUUAACUCACCACCCCCCCGGGCAAUAGUCUCUGCUGAACUGAAAACAAAACACUAAAACAACCAAAAUUGUCCAACUUCCUCUUCCCCGAAAUGACCGAGUUAGUUGCUCGCUCCUCCGCCUUUUCUUAACCGCGAUCACCACGCCCUCAUCUCCGCCUCCACACCCACAGCCCCGGCCCCAGAGCCUCGUCCACCACCCGACGCCUGCGCACGAACCAACAGCCUGCGGACGGCGACCUGACGCCCACCGUAACAAAUAGCACAAAGAAAGUGUACCUUCUGAGCUGAAUGAUGGCAACACUGCAGAGUAAAGAAGAAUGUGGGAAAGGACCAAAGAAAAUCUUUGCUCCACCUGUACAGAAAUUACAUAGCUUGAUGUCCUACAGCCUUAACUCACCCAAGGAAGAGACCCUGGGAAUCAAUUCCCCAGCGGCAGAGGCCAGACCAAGCCUGCCAAAGGCCAGGUUAGAGAAGAAGAAGGAGAAAGCAACCUCAGAAAAUGGUCCAAGCAAUGGCCAGGAGAAAAAAGGAAAAGUUCAAGACAAGCGAGCAGUGAAGAAAGGAAAGGAAAAAGCAAGUCUUACCAAUGAUGAAUUUGAGGAGAUUGUCCAGAUUGUGCUACAGAAGUCUCUUCAGGAGUGCUUGGAGACUUCCUGUGCCCAGCCCAUAAGAUCUACCCAGUUAGACAAGGAACCAGGAAUUGCUCCUCCUACUACUGAUAAUGCUCAUGCUAAUGGAGGGAGGAUAACAGGACCUGACAUUCUAGAGCUUUCAGCCUCUCAGGAAGAUGGAGUAAUCCCUGAGAUAAAGACAUCUAAGACAGGCCAGCCAGAUCCUGUAUCCUCUGAGAAGAAAUUCAGUAGACUUUCCUUAAGCAAAAGAAAGAAGGAAGCUCAAGAUAAAGUGGAGAAAACCCAAAGUGGACAUGAGCAUAAGCAAAAAGACCAACCAAAGAAAAUAGUUCGGGAUCAUUCUCACAUCAGGGAACAGCAAAAAGGAGAAGAAAGUGGUUUUGGUCAAUGUCAAGUCUGGGUCCAGUGUUCCUCUCCAAACUGUGAGAAAUGGAGGCGGCUUUGUGGGAACAUUGACCCCUCUGUCCUUCCAGUUAAUUGGUCCUGUGACCAGAAUACAGACUUGGAGUAUAAUUGCUGUGAUAUCCCUGAGGAGACCUGGACAGGGCGUGAGAGUGACGUGGCCUAUGCCUCCUACAUCCCAGGAUCCAUCAUCUGGGCCAAGCAAUAUGGUUACCCCUGGUGGCCAGGCAUGGUAGAAUCCGAUCCUGACCUGGGGGAAUAUUUUCUUUUUGCUUCUCAUCUUGAUUCCCUGCCGUCCAAGUACCAUGUGACAUUUUUUGGAGAAAGAGUCUCUCGUGCUUGGAUCCCAGUCAACAUGCUAAAGAACUUCCAGGAGCUGUCCCUAGAGCUAACUGGAGUGAAAAACUGCAGGAACAAGGACUGCAGCCAGAAACUAGGGGCAGCCCUGAUGAUGGCUCGAGAGGCAGAACAGAUCAGUAUUCAGGAGCGGGUUAACUUGUUUGGUUUCCGGAACCGAUUCAAUGGAUCUGACGAUAGUGGGGAAGGAAAAGACUUAAUGCUCUCUGGGCCUAACAGCCCAGAUUCCUGCUUGGAGAAAGAAGAGGAAGAGUCAGAGUUGGAGGAGGAGGAGGAAGAGAAAAAAGACCCAACUUUGCCCAGUCCCAAGCCAGCCAAAAUUCAGUCCAAAAAAUCCAAGGCAAGAGGUAUAGCAAAUGGACAAGAUGGAACCCCUCAAAGGAAGACAGUGAAGAGAUCUCUGGGAAAUGAAUCUGCAGCUCUUCCUGUACCCAUAAUAGGAAGGAAAGGACAUGGGAAUUCAGAUCCUGACCAGCCAGGCCCUACAAAAAAAUUUAAAGCUCCCCAAAUCAAGGCCUCCUUAACCAACUUGUCUGAGGAAAAAGAAUCUAGAAUGGUGCCAAAGGACAUGACCCCCACAGUUCAUUGUGGGGCCUGUCCUGUGGUGGGGAAAGAAGGGCCUGGACCCCAGGAGCUACCAUCUCAGGAGGCUAUAAGUUUCCACCCUGAUGAUGAAGACUCCAGUGACCUGGACCUGGAGCAACUCCUUGAAGAAGUUGGAAAAGACCUGGAACAGAAAGAAGAGCCACAGCUCAGGGAUGAUGCAGAGGAGUUCACCAUGGCCUUCUUCGAGGAAUAGCUGUGUGCUCCUGCUUCCUUCCCACUCUCCAAGCCCCUGCCUUGGGAGCAGGAGAGCCUCUUAGAGGGUCCCUGAGAAGCUGAUAAGUUUGGGGUGUUUGUUGGCUUUGAGGCUAAUGGCUAAAAUCAGAGCUUUGCAGAUUGUGUUUUAAUAAAACAGUUACUGGUUAA